AAACUCCCCAUGUCUAUCAUCAUUGUUGGGGUUGGCCAAGCUGAGUUCGAUGCCAUGGUUGAGCUGGAUGGUGAUGACAUCAGGAUUUCUUCUCGGGGGAAGUUGGCAGAGAGAGACAUUGUACAGUUUGUCCCGUUUAGAGACUACAUGGACCGCACAGGGAACCACGUGCUGAGCAUGGCGCGGCUGGUUAAAGACGUACUUGCAGAGAUCCCUGACCAAUUGAUCUCCUACAUGAAGAGCAGAGCCAUUAAACCGAACUCCGUCCCCCCCCCUUACUCGCCCUUGGACCAACCACAGACCAACCCCGUCUGAGCCCCACACACAGCUCCACGUUGUGGUGGGGCAGGGUAGAGGUGGUCAAUAACUCAAAACCGUCCUUUGGGAAGAUGGAAACUCUUUUAAGGCCAUUACGUAAAUAUUAAUUUGGCUAUACAAAAAGAUGGUAAGACUCCAAUUUGUUUUGGAGGAAUAUGACUGCUUUGGGUGAGGCUGCAGGUGAUCAUGGAGUGUUCUCUCUCUGCGUGCUUGAGGAUAAGAGCGCUGAGAGGAGCUCGUGCUGGAGGAGGUUUUAGUUGUUCGCUGUCAAACCUGUCAAAGUGGUGAUGUAAUGGAUAGCAAGUAAACCCGUAGAGAGAGCCUGUUUGAAGGCAUACAUAUUAGAAUGUGCCAGUGUGUAUCAUGUUUGUGAUACCUUUUGGAAUAGGUGUGUGUUGAACUAAGAUAUCAUAUGUAUACUAAUUUAUUUUAUUUAUUGCAGAAAUUAUUUAUUCCUUUGUGGGGGUUUUAGAUAGUGGGGAUUAAAGUCAUAUUUUCCCUGUAGUUUUUCAUCUUAUAUUUUGUGAGCAGUUUAAUACAAAUAAUCCCCAUUUCUACUUUGAUAAGGACUGUACUAUAAAAGCAUGAUAUAAAACAUAUUCAGCAGUUCAUGGAUAGUUUUCACUGAUAGAUCGUUUUGAUUGCAAGCAGUUAUGUAGAGAGCCUGCUGUAAGCUGUUUCCAUAAUGAUUUUUCAGCACCAUGUCUUAUACAUAUUUCUAAAAUGUAUAAUAACAGAAUGCACUAAUUCAGAUAUAAAGCACAAAGGUUAUUAUGGGAAAUAAGCUCAACAUUUUUUUUUUUAAAGGAACCAACACCUAUCACAAUGAAAGUAAUGGAAGGGACCGCACAAGUUUUAACACAUAAUUUUAAAUGAAACAGGAAGAAUGUUUAUAAGAAAAUACUAUUCAGAUGUAUUAAAAUGAAAAUAUAUUUAAUCACCAAAACAGUAUGUUUACAGAAAAUAGAUGAAUAACUCUAUGCACAUACUUGCUCUCCCUGUUUGUUUGCAGAAGAAAUUAUAAUCCAUGACAUACUGUAGCACAUUUGUCAUCUCGCUGUUUGUGUUUCCCAUUAUAUUUGUUGUUACGUUUUACUCUCUGGGGUUUGCUCUGAAGUAAACACACAUUCAAAAGACCAAUGUCUACCAAUACAUUUGUUUCCCUGUAAAGAAAAAAAUCAAACAAUCACAAAUCUUGCAUGAGAUAUUUGGGCGUUGAUUGUUUUUUGAAGAAAAAAAACGGAUUGCAAAAAAACAGAAACGGCUAUGUUUUACUUUACAAAUGUAUUGACUGUUCACAAAUUUGUUUCACACUUGUGUUCAGAAGUUAAUUCUCUAGGCUAUUGAGAUACCAUUUUAAUACCUAAGAUACAAUUUCAUUAUCUAGUUCUACAAUUUAAUUAAAGUCAGCUGUUGAUAUAUUCAUAUUUGUUCUCUGAAUUGUUUUCAAAGAGAAUGACAGCCAUUGUGGCUCAGUUGUGUACAUCAUAUCUUUUAAUAUUGGCCAUUGUUUCCAUUCGUAUCUCUUUGUCACUCAAUAUCUCAAUCCAAAUGUGCCUAUUAUGGAAACAUAUCCAAAUUCAGUUACCCAGGUGUCAUUCUGCCGGCAGCAGCAGGUCUCAUAUUUAAGAUGUACACACAAUGUUGGCGAUAAAAACUGUUGCAAGAUUAGGAUUCUUACAAACUAUUACAUGCUGUCUCAACUACUGUCCUGUACUUUUUAUACUAACAGCUCUUCACUUUGGGUCUAAAACAAUGAGAGUUAAAAGUGUUGCUAAGCCUUGUUGUCCAAUAUUUCAAAGUCAAGACUUGUUUACAACUCAACUGUGGCUGUUCACAUUGCCUCAUGGAAAAAGGAAACAUUCAUGUGUUUUAUUUUGAAGUGAGUUUAUAGUUGAGUUGUGCAUUAUUCAGUCUUGUUUGUACUCGUAAUGAGAACUAACGUUUACAAAAAGUUGUUGAGAUCACACAGACUUCUCACUGUUGUUGUUACAAUACUUUGUUUUGUGUUGAGAGCAAAUGUGUUUACGUACCAUUGUUAACUGCAUACUGGUCUCCGACUCCCGUUACUUUAGUGCUCUCGCCGAUAAAAUGAAAUCCUUUGUUACUGCAGAAACUCCAGAGGAAGUGAACUCCUUCGCUCACAGGCCCAGAUCCAUAUUUUACUUAUUUUCCGUUCUUAAUUUUGGAUGACAUUUUUCCGUCAGAAACAAAGCAGUGUUUGAUCUGUUGCCAAAUUCAGUUGUUGCAGUGAAAUGAGGCCAUUGCGUUUAAGCACAUACAUCACAUAAAUACCAGAAUACCUCUACAGAAAGCCAUUCAGCCAAAAGAAAAUCAUAAACAUACAUUUAUUACAUUUCUUAUGACAUAUAUAUUCAAUGAAAUACUAUAAUUGAAUGACUUGUAUAGCUGUUAUAUUUUGAUUUUCCAAGUACUGUAAACACUUCAAAUUUCACUUCAUAGGAUCAUCAUAACUGAGAGUAAAAUGAAUGAGGACAUCAUUUUGCGGACAAUAAAAGUCAGCAUCAGCAUGCAGCGUACGGUAUAUACUGUGAGUGUGAUAGCAAACCCUUGUGAGAGUCAAUAAGAUAAUGUGGAGUUGGCCCUGUAUGAUGUGUGCACUUUCAGUAAUAUUUCCUCUAUUAAUACUACAUGGCUUUUGAGCCCUUCUACUAAAAUUAUUUAAAAAACUACUCCCCCGCCAUCUGUGAGUUUUCCUCCACAGGGAAAUAAAAAAUCUACUACCCCUCAGUAGGCUACUAAACAAAUAAUCAAUGAAAAUGAAAGGAGCACAGUAAUGACACACUUAUGCAAUUGUGAAACAGAGUUAUAAUUAAAUAUAUUUUUCAGUCUAAAUGAUGACUUUCCAACAAUUCAAUUUACAUAUUUUCUCUCUGUGGAAAUGGCUUUGAUUAUCUUUUAAUUUAAUAUUUUCUUUGAGGCUAAACUAUUUAAUUAUGUACAUAAGCCCCAAAUGAAGAAUAUGAAUUGCCAAAAUGUGUUCAGUUGUUGAACUUAGCCUCUUUAGACAAUAUGUGCAUGUUUGUGCCACAAUGGCAGGAGGUUUGGUAGUCUACCUUUAUUUCACCUGAUUAGUGCAUCCGCCAUGUGCUUAGUUUGUUACUUGGGAUGGUAUUUAGAGAUAACGGUCACCUCCAGCAUGUUGCAUCUCUGGUUUCUUUCCAUUCUGUUCCUAUACAACACUUUCUGUAUGGGAUGUUCUUUCCACUACUCCUGUUUUAUCCCAGGUUGUUUACAUACCUCUCUUGGUCUCUGACUUGCAUGCUGAAUAAUUUCCAAACCAGGUGUUGGACAUGAUAUUGUCGUCAUACUGUGGUUUGUGAAAUGCUUUGUAAUGGAUUGCCUUAACUGAAGAUUAAUAAAAUAUUGAUAACUU